GAUGAGUUUACGGCAGGCUCUGGGUUGGUUGGGACUUUGUCACGUGGCUUGCCCUUUUCUCAGCCGGCAGCAUGAAGCGACCGAAGCUGAAAAAGGCGAGUAAACGUCUGACCUGCCACAAGCGAUUUAAGAUCCAGCGAAAGAUUCGUGAACAUAAGCGGAAAGUACGAAAAGAAGCAAAGAAACGGGGAAAUAAAAGUAAAAAAUCCACAAAGGAUCCUGGUGUGCCUAAUAGUGCUCCAUUUAAAGAAGCUGUUCUUCGAGAGGCUGAACAAAGGAAACAAAGUCUUGAAGAACUGAAGCAAAAGCAGAAGCUUGCCAGACAAAAGGAAGUUGCAAAGAAAAGGAAACUUGAAGCUAAAAAAGACCCAGAAAUAAAUGAAAAGCAACAGAAGAAAAAGUUGGCCAAUUUGGAGAAUAAAAGCUCAGGAAAAUCUCCAUGCAGCGAGUUGAAUAAGGUGCUCGAUACCUCAGAUGUGGUUCUAGAAGUGCUAGAUGCCAGGGAUCCUCUUGGAUAUAGAUGUCCUCAAGUGGAGCAGGCAGUCUUACAAUCAGAGGGGAAGAAACAACUUGUCCUUGUUUUAAACAAGAUAGAUUUAGUGCCAAAGGAGAAUACAGAGAAAUGGCUAAGAUAUUUGGAAAAUGAAUUUCCUGUUGUCGUUUUUAAAUCAUCUGCACAGUUGCAAGACAGAACAAUGGGACAGAAAAGAAUUUCUAAACUGAAUACCAGUAUAGAGAUAUCACAUGGAAAUACCUGUGCUGGUGAUGAAAGUUUUAUAAAAUUGCUUCUCAGCUACUGCAAAAAGCGAAAUCUAACAAGCAUUAAAGUUGGUGUGGUGGGUUUUCCAAAUGUAGGGAAAAGCAGUAUUAUUAAUAGCUUGAAAAAAUUGAGAGCUUGCAACGUGGGACAAGUAAGAGGUCUUACAAAAUGCAUACAGGAGGUACUUAUCGAUAAGCAGAUCAAAAUAUUGGACAGUCCAAGUAUUAUUGCUUCUGCAUCAAAUUCUGCUGCUGCCUUGUCCUUGAGGAACAUUGUGGACAUUGAAGCACUGGAAAAUCCCACAUCUGUUGUGGAGCCCAUACUGAAGAAUUGCAAUAAACAGCAGGUCAUGCUGCAGUAUAAUGUCCCAGAUUUCCGAACAUCUCUGGAAUUUUUAACAUUGCUGGCUCAGAAAAGAAGCAUGUUGAAGAAAGGAGGGAUCCCUGACAUUGAGAAAACAGCCAAGUUGAUCCUUUAUGAUUGGAGUGGAGCUAAAAUCAGUUACUAUACAGUUCCACCAGAAAAACACAAGCUACCCAAUUACAUCACUCCAAAACUUAUGGAAGAAGCAAAACGAGGCUUUAAUACUGGAGAACUAAAUAAUCACAAUGAAAAUACACUCAAAGGUGUUAGAUGCCCUAAUAUGGCCAGCAGUAUAUUAUUCCAAUCUACAGGAUUAACCAAUGGACUAAUUACAGGGGCUAAUGUGGGAGAAGAAUUGCAAAAUCAGGAAAGGAAUGAGGGUAACAAUUCAGUGGACCGAGAAAAUUCAGAGGUAAGCUAACUGCUAUUUCGAGUGGUGGUCUUUUGGAAGUCUAGAAUUAUUUAAUUGCCCUUUGAGAUCCCUACAUGAGUUACGUAUGUUUAUGUGGGAUGAAUCAUUGAUUUUUUUUUUGUGAACACCUCUAUAGAAUACCAGAGUUUGAAACUGAUACCUGAUGAUAUUACUCAUUAAGAAAAAUCGAAGCUAAAGCUUGAAGUGUUUGAUACAGGUGUAAGAAUAUAAGAAAAUUAUUUCCACUAGUG